CCAAAGGAUUUUGAAUUGGAUAGUGACUCACUGGUUGCACUGUGGGUAGCACAAGGCUACCUCAAAACAUGUAAAAAAAAUGAAGAUCUUGAUAAAAUGGGCAUGGACUAUAUAAGACAGUUUUGCUCUAGAUCAUUGUUUCAAGUUGAAAGCGAUCUCAAAACCAAAAUGAAGUUUAAAUUGCAUGAUCUAGUUCAUGAUAUAGCAAUUUCGGUGGCACAAACAGAGUACUCCACAGUCAAUUUUCGUCCCUCUAGUGCUUUUGAAAUGGUUCGACAUGUGUCAAUAUCGGAAAAGGACUUGCUUGGAGAAGAAGCACAAGUGCCUGAUUUCAUAUACAAGUCAACCAAGUUACGAACCUUUCUAAUUCCAUCUGGAGAUGGCAAGAUGAUGAAUCAACGUUUUGUGAAGACAUGCAUCUCGGGAUUCAAAUAUAUGCGGGUGCUAGAUCUCAGUGGGUCGCCCCUUGAGAAGCUACCAAGUUCCAUUGGUAGAUUGUUUCAUUUGAGAUCUCUUGACUUGUAUUCCAAUGAUAAGAUAAAAAGACUUCCGCAUUCUAUCUGUAAUUUACUGAAUUUGGAUACCUUGAACCUUGCUCAGUGUACCGCACUUGAGGAGAUACCCAAAGACAUAGGGAACCUGAUCAACCUCCGAAACUUGUGGAUAACUACACAGCAGAAGUAUUUGCCAAAAGGAAUUAGUCGCCUCACUUCACUCCAACUUUUAAGUUUUGAUGGAUGUGUCAAUCUGAUGAGUUUGGGGGAAGAGAUCCAAUUCCUCACUAACCUUCGUACAUUGGCGAUUUCGUGCUGUGAAAAUUUAGAAUCCUUGCCACCAAAUAUGAAACUCUUGACCACUCUACAUAUGCUAUAUAUAAGUGAGUGUAAAAAGAUUGAUUUGAUGAAAACCAGAGAAGGCCCUCAAGAUCUUAGAUCAUUUGUGAUCUGCACUUUAGAUUUGGAGGCUUUGCCUCCCUGGCUUGAAGAUUCUGCAAAAGUUUUACAGAGCAUAGCAGUCGCGGAGUGUGAUAAUCUGACUAAACUUCCGGAAUUGCAAAAAUUUACAUUCCUCGAGCAACUAGUAUUUGGAAGUUGUCCCAAUUUGUUAGCUUUACCGCAAGGGUUACAUCGCCUCAUUGAGUUGAGAGAACUGGAAAUUAGUGAUUGUCCCAAACUGAGCAAGAGCUGCAAAAGGCAAUUAAAAGGUGAGGAGUGGUCUAAGUUCGCACGUGAGGCAAAGAUUACACUCGACUCUGAUGUGGAUACGGACGAAGAGGAAGACAAAGAUGAAGGUGCUUUCGACGAUCACAAAGCUAUCUCAAGUGAUAAUUAGAUCUCCAGAGUUGCAACAGAACUGCAGCUAGGUGAUUUAGAAUGAAGUAACAGUACACCACGUACUGCACUUGGCUACUUGCAUUCUACUAAUAUGCUUCGCUCACCACGGAGCAAUUGCAGCUGCGACGGUUCCUUCUCCUUGGCUCUUUGCGUGCCUGGUUUAGGCCUGUAGUCUUUCUUUUUAUGUUUAUGCCUAUUGGCUUUGUUUUUCCUGCCUGGCUAGUUUCUGGGUUUUGUGGUUGUUCAUCUCUCCUGUCGAAUUGAGAUCUUUCAUGUACACUAAUACCUGCAACAUUUUCCAAUAAGCAGAUUUGAAUAACUCUAACAAACCCAAUUAGACUAGAAUCAUAUGUUGACUUUCAGUCAAUGGUUAUUUUCAGUAUUUUCUGAUGUGGCAUUCUUGCUUUGCUGGAUCCUUGUUGGAUUGCAGCUGUAAUAAAAGCUUAGUUUGUUUUGUAUU